CUGGCCGUCCUGCCAGCUGGCACUUCUGUGCGGCCGCUGUGCAUCCCUGCAUCCGCCUGGGAUCCCUUCCCACCCGCUUCAUCCGGGAGCUUUGACCAGUUUGCAGGACUGGGAACCCUGGAGCUUUCUGUGCUGAGCUGGAAAGGAUGGGGACCAGCACGUCGUCGCCGUGGGGGAAGCCGGCAGCCGCUCCCCUGAGUCAGAUCCAGAAGAGUGCCAGUCACAAAUGCAUGUGUGACACGUACUGCUAAGAUGAAAUGCAGAAAUGAAAGCCACACGUCCGUGUCCGUAUUCUCAGAUGUGAUUAGCUGUACUUGAUCAUGUUUUUAUGCUACUGACCUAUAAAAAAAAACUAAAGAGGGUUUUUAAAUAUGCUUAGAUUUAGACACCUGGGACCUCCUACCUCGAUACUUCUGGGAUGACCUGGGACGUCACAAGGAGAGAUUUUAUCACAGCCCAUUCACACCGCGUCUGAGCCCUCCGCCUGGAUUCAUACUUCCUUCAUUGGCGCCUGUCACCGGACACUUUGCCUCCCGGGAUGGCGGACAGUCUCCCUACAGAGUUUGAUGUAGUUAUUAUCGGGACAGGUUUGCCCGAAUCCAUCCUUGCGGCUGCAUGUUCGAGAAGUGGACAGAGAGUUCUCCAUGUCGAUUCGAGAAGUUACUAUGGAGGAAACUGGGCUAGUUUCACCUUCUCAGGAUUGCUCUCCUGGUUGAAGGAGUGUGAGCAAGACAGUGAGGCUGGGGACAAAAGCCCUGCUGCCUGGCACAACCUGAUCCAUGACACAGAAGAAGCCAUCGCUCUGCGUAGCAAGGAUGACACCAUCCAACACGUAGAAGUGUUCUGUUACGCCAACGAGGACACGGGUGACAGUACUGAAGAGACUGAUGCUUUGCAGAAAAAUCCUUCCUUGGUAGCAUCUGGUACCCUCACUGAACCUCUGGAUUCUGCACGCCUGUCCGAAGAAACACACUCAGACAGUACUAGCCCCGAAAUGCCUGCCAAAGACACUCCACAGCAUGAUGGAGAAAUUUUACCGGAAGUAACCGAUAGAGAGGAAACUCAGGUGACAGAAAAAGACUGUGGAGAUAAGACUUGUAUACACCCAGUUUCAGAUGGAGCUAAGGAUGAAAAUAAACCUAUGGCAGAAGACAACACGGAUCAACCAAAGAGAAAUAGGAUUACUUACUCUCAGAUAGUUAAAGAAGGCAGGAGGUUUAACAUCGACUUGGUCUCAAAGCUGCUGUAUUCUCAAGGCUCGCUGAUUGACCUUUUGAUCAAAUCCAACGUUAGUCGCUACGCUGAAUUUAAAAAUGUCACCCGGAUUCUCGCAUUUCGAGAGGGGAAGGUAGAACAGGUGCCUUGCUCCCGAGCGGAUGUCUUUAACAGCAAAGAACUCAGCAUGGUAGAGAAGAGGAUGCUGAUGAAGUUUCUGACCUUUUGCUUAGACUAUGAACAGCAUCCUGGGGAGUACCAGGAUUUCACCCAGCGCCCCUUUUCCGAGUACUUAAAGACUCAGAAGCUAACCCCCAACCUCCAGCAUUUCAUCCUGCACUCGAUCGCAAUGACAGAGCCAUCCUGCUCCACAGUAGACGGCCUGAAAGCAACCAAGCACUUCCUGCAGUGCCUCGGGCGGUACGGCAACACUCCGUUCUUAUUCCCCUUGUACGGCCAGGGAGAAAUCCCCCAGUGUUUCUGCAGGAUGUGUGCCGUCUUUGGUGGCAUCUAUUGUCUCCGCCACAGCGUCCAGUGCCUUGUGGUUGACAAGGAAUCGGGAAGAUGUGAAGCAGCCAUAGACCAGUUUGGUCAGAGAAUAAGUGCGAAGUGUUUUAUAGUGGAGGAUAGCUACCUCUCCGAGGAGACGUGCGCAGGCGUGCCGUACAAGCAGAUCUCCAGGGCCGUGCUCAUCACAGAUCAGUCCUUGCUCAGGGCAGAGUCCGACCAGCAGAUUUCCAUCCUGACGGUCCCCCCAGCGGAACCGGGCGCGCGUGCCGUUCGGGUCGCUGAGUUAUGUUCUUCGACCAUGACGUGCAUGAAAGACACCUACCUGGUGCAUCUGACCUGCUCAUCUGCUAACACAGCCAGAGAAGACUUGGAACCAGUCGUGCAGAAGUUGUUCACCCCCUCGGCGGAGCCAGACGUGGACAAGGCAGACCCUGCGAAGCCACGGCUCUUGUGGGCUCUGUACUUUAACAUGAGGGAUUCCUCGGAGGUCGGCAGAAGCUCCUACAACGGCUUACCUUCCAACGUGUAUGUCUGCUCGGGGCCUGACUGUGGCCUGGGAAACGAACACGCGGUCAGGCUCGCUGAAGCCCUUUUCCAGCAGAUCUUCCCAGGGGAAGACUUCUGCCCCGCACCCCCAAACCCAGAAGACAUCAUCUUCGAUGGGGAUGACAAGCAACCAGAGGCUCCUGGGACCAACGAUAUCAUCAUGGCCAAACUAGACUCCUCCGAAGGAAGCCAGAACCUAGAAAGCCCGGGACAGCAUCUUCAGAAUUAGGAAACAAGAAAAGGAAACCGGAAAUGCUACUUUGGGCCUUCGUCCCAGCAUCCGAAUAUUCUCAUUUAAAGGACAGUGCCCUAUAUGAGUAAUUAGAAGUGGUUAUGUGAUGAGCUAUGCUAUUAGUCACUGGAUGUCUGUUAACCUGUCAGUAACUGAUUGAUUAGUUAUUGGACUGUUUUUGUUCGUUUCAGAUGUACUCUGUGAUCCAGCAUCUGAAACAGGGUUAGCUUUAUUUUAGUAUUGGGUGUAUAGGUGAGGGUUCCCUAUUAGCAACUGUGCUUAAAGGAAGGUUAUAUUGUAUCUGCUAAUGAUUUUCAGAUUUUAAUCUUGUCUACAAUGACAGUGUCUAAAGGAUAUUUUACUUUGCAGCUAAAACAGUUGCUACCACCUCUGAGUAAAACACACACACAGUAAAUUAUGUGGCUCUUUUGUAUAUAAUAUAAACAUAUUUAUGGUAGCAAUAGCAACUAAUGCAAGUGCCAAUAUCAAAUACAUUUGUCUAAUUAAAAUACUAGCUUUGCAUGAUCCUUUAUUUGUGAAGGUCUGAUGUUUGCAGUGUCUUACUGUUGAAUUCUCCUAAUCCACCCUUGAAACCCAGAAGGCAACGUCACCACCACCAUCUUCUAACAUUAGAACAAGUGCCAGGAAGUCCAGUUACUAGUUGAAGAGCUCAUUCUUGGGCGAUCCCGACAAAAAAAAUGUAGGGGAGAAGAUUCGUUCUGAUUAAAUAUUUGAGAAAAUUUCUGCAGGACCCUGGCACCUAAAAGAGGAGCUUCCAACCAGUAACUCAGGCAAAGAGAAAAAAUAAAUUGCUCUAGGAACCAGAUACUUCAGAAUGACCGUUUUGAAAUCCCCAAGGAGGAACCAAGUGAGUCCACUUGAACCUGGGGUUCACUUGCCCAGCCUUCUCGGUGAGGGUGAGCAUUCCUCCUUGCCGGCUCGAGCACCGUAAUUCGCAGCAUGAACUGCAGCUGACGGGAGUGAAUCUGAGCAGGACGUACCACAUCCCUUUGGUUGUGUCCCGCCCCCCAAAUAGAGAACCACCUUCAUCAUCGCUCUGCCUCUUGGCUGUUAUCUAUCCAGGGGAGAGAAAUACAUAGUUUCCCAGACCCAUCAGGAGUCGUAAAGCUUUUAGUCCAGUGAUGGAGUCCAGCUGUGGAGCCGUAAAAAGAGGUAAACCUCUCCCUUCCAGUCCCCUUUGCAUUCCUCAGUGAGAAUGGGCAUCCUGUAGGAAGAGAGCCCAUCAGUGAGAGUUUCUGUUCCAGAAAUGAGCCCUGACUGUGUGCUGGCCACUUACCGUGCUCUCUCAUUGCGGCUUCUCACCCCUCAGAGGCAGAUGUUGUUGAACACAUUUUCAAAGCGGAAAUCAAGACUUCAUUCAUCAUUUUCUCUGAGUCUGGUAUAUGGAAGAGCCAGCGUCGGAAUCCAGGCUUUCGUGACUUCAUAAUCCUUCCAUGAACGUUAACUUAGAAGAAUGCAGAUUCCCUAGGAGGAGGGCAAAUGCCCCUGGACGUCAGUCUGUUGUAGCUGGUGAAGGAAAGGAGACAGGAAUUGGUCUCCGCUCAUUCCUGAAUCGGAGAAACGGGAAGAUUAGGAGUAAACAUAAAGAUAGCUUAGAGCUGUGGACCUCAUUGAGACAGAAUUUGGCUAAGUUUUAACAGAGGAAUGCUUGUUAAUCAUGUGUCUUUUGAUCUGAACACCAUGUCACGAGAAAACAGAUGUACGAAGCCAAAAGAUGCUCUGAGUCGUUGGUUGCUGUUCUAUGUGUGGAAAAUGAAACAAGAAAGAUGAAGUCGCUUAUACCUUCCUGAACGUAGAGAAGUCAUAAAUUGGUAUUAUAUGUUUUUUUGAAUAUAGCAAAGUGAUAUUAUUGGGUGGAUCCUAAAUUUUAAGUCCAGCCAAAAUGCCUGAAAUAGAUCUAAAAAUUAGUCAUUAAAAUGAAAAUGAAUUUAAGAUGAUAAAUAAGAUGGAGGUGAAGGUAAUCCAGACCUAUUGAAAAAAUUUUUCAAUAAGAAUUUGAAAAAAGGAACAGUGAGAAGUUGCAAAAUAUUGUAGAGCCAAACAUAAUGUAAACGAGAAAAGUGAAGUUAUGACCAAUACAAAGCCUUAAAAAAUUAGGGAAUAUUAUAACAUAGUAUAAUUUUUGGAUGAGUUAGAAUCUUACACUAAUGGGCUUAUUGGUGUAGUUUUUCAAAUGUUCAAAGAAUAAAUAAUAUCUAUAUAUCAUAAAAGAUGAUAUGCUUAUAUUUGCAUUUUGAGGCAAAUAUGGCCUCAGUACUAGAAGUCAAACAUUUUGAAGGAACAGUCAUUCUGAACAGAUGCAAAAUAUUGUCAAAUAAUACACAACAAGUAAAAUGCAGGCAUAGCUCAUUUUAUUGUACUUUGCUUUAUGGCGCUUUGUAGAUGUGUUGUUGUUUUUUACAAAUCGAAAGUAAGACCCUCCACUAGCAAAAAGAUUAUGACUUGCAUUUUUUAGCAAUAAAGUAUUUUUGUAGACAUAAUGUUCACACUUAAUAGUGUAAACAUAGCUUUUAUAUGCACUGGGAAACAAAAAAAAGUUAAUGUGACUUCACUUUAUUGUCAUACUAGAGGCCCGGUGCACAAAAUUUGUGCACGGGUAGGGUUCCUAGGCCUGGCCAGCGAUCAGGGCCGAUCUGUGGGGCAAGGCAAUCGGGGGGCCCCCGCUGGCACCCACCUUGGCCAGCCUGGGGCCUGUGGGCUGGGGACAGCUCCUGCGUUGAGCAUCUGCCCCUGGUGGUCAGUGUGCAUCAUAGAGACCAGUUGUUCCGCCGUUCGGUCAGUUUGCAUAUUAGGCUUUUAUUAUAUAGGCUAUGCUUUAUUGUAUAACCAAUCCCACAAUAUUCUCUGAGGUAUGCCUGCAACUAGUUACUAUGAUUCAGGAUUACAACAGAGCAAAUUAGUAAAAAAUUCAAUUUAUUAACUACAGAUAACUAAAAAUCUGAACAUUUAUCAUGCAUAUUUGAUUUAAUUAUCUCUGGUAAUGAUUUUGUUGGUUUCUCAUAGUGUGAUAAAAUCAAGAACUAACAUCUUCCCUAUUGGGGAAAUACACAGGAAAUAUUUCUCAAGCAGAAAUCAAGCAGUCUUGACACAGUUUUUACGUGCAUAUGGUUCAAGGAGCUUGCAAUGAGCAUUCCCAAGAUGAGAGACAAGAGCAGAAAGCAGCACAAUGUUUUCUGGAACAUGGCUUUGUAACUAGUGAAACUUAUAGAACAUACUGACAAUAGAAGACUAAUUCAGGAAGUUGUGGGAUAUGGAUUCAUUUAAAACAUCUCAUUUCUAGACUCCCAACAGUGAUGAACUAACAUUUAAAAAGUUUGAAUAUUAAUAUAUAUGAACCAUUUAAGGAAUAUUACACAAUUACAUUGGGAUAAGUUAAGAUCGAUGCUUAUAUAGAAGCAGGUGGAAGGAACUGCACCCUGGUGCAGUGGAAAAGAAGGAAUAGGGAGUCUGAAAACCAAAAUUACAGCCCUCACCUCACUACUUACUGUGGUAUAAUCUCGGGGAAAUCACUCCUAGCUUCUAUUUCACAUCUAUAAAAUAGCUACUUUGCAGCAUUAUCCUGAGGAUUAAAUCAUAUGUGAAAUGUCCAAAGGAAUGGCAGUCGGUGACUUUCAUAUGUAGCUUUACUACACUGCCACUUCACACUCCUAGUGGAUGCUUUAGAUAAUUUGACAGUAUUGUGAUAAAUGACUUAGGGAGAUAAUCAAGCCAAGAUAUAUAUUUUUUAAUUUAGGGGGGAAAAUGGGAGUCUCAUACUUCAAAUUCUUAAAAAUGUGCUAUUAAGCAGCCUUUCUAAGUAUACUAUGUACUGAGUAGAAAAUUUAAGACUAAUAAGCCAAUUGGAAAGAAAUACAUACUAAGGACUGGUGGAAAGACUAGCUAGAUGUCAGUAUGGAAAAAGAAAUUAGAUCCAAAUCAUAUAAUAACAAUCCAUUCCAGGUGAAUUAAAAUGUUAAAUACCAAGGUAAAAAUAAAAACACUGCAUUUCUCAUCCCAGUAAUGGUACAAAGGAAACUUGAUGGCAAUGACAAUCAUGAUUGACAGGUAGAUGAGAUUAAGUAAAUGAAGAAUGUACUAAACAGAAGAGGAAGAUGAGAUGGGUUUUUUAAAAGCGACUUGCAUUAUAUAUGGAUCAAGGGCUUAAUGUUUUUUAAAAGGAGAGAUGCAAAUCCAUAAGGUUUUCUACUCUACCAGGCAAAUUUAUUGAAAGGAUUGGUGCAAAUGAAAAAAUACAAAUAAAUUCUUAGGAUGACAUUGAGAUUUCCUGGUAUUAAAAAUGCAAAUUGGAACAACUUUGACCUAAUUUCUACUAGUUCAUGCUAGUAGCAAAAGUUUUCAACUGCAUGUUCUGCAUAAUAGUAGUAUUCUGUUAGUAGAUUUUAAAAGAACUAUUUAGAAAAACGUAAGAGCUCUAUAAUCACUACUUUUGAUAGCUCUAACUCAUUUUAAGAAGCAUAUAUCCAGGAAAAUAAAAGUAAAAGAUUAAUUGUCUAAAGAUAUUUCUAGUAAUUCCAUUCAUUUGAUUUUUUUUUAAGCCCAAUAAUUGGGAAAUGUAUAAAUAAGGUUUUGUAUAUUGCUAUCAAAAACUGUUAUGUAGACAAAUAAUAUUUAUAUAUGUAAAAUUGUAUGGAAAAGUGUUUAAAUGAGACUCAAAGUGUUAGAACAUAAGUUGUAUUUACUGAUUAUAUUCAUGUACAUUGAGAAUCAGAAGAAAAUGUGAUUAAUUGGAACUUAACAUUAAGAGGUCUUUAUUUUUUUCUGUAAAAUACUGAUGUGUGCAAUGAAAAAUAAAAGAUUAAUGGUAUAAUGGUA